AUGGCCAAGACCAAGGGUGCUCGUGAGCCUCCAACCAAGGUGGCCAAGUGUGCGGGAUCUAAGAAAGUUGCUGAGGCCGAUGGUGAAGCUUCGGAAGCCUCAACGACGGCCAGCUCGUCUGGGUCUUUCCGAAUGGAUACACCGCUCCUGAUAGGUGGCGACAUCACCAUAGGGCAGCUCAUGAAGGAUGAGGAGAUUUCCUUCAAAGAGGCUGUUGGCGUUGCUAUGCGUCUUCGCGAAGAAACAAAGCAGUUCCUUGCUGCCGAUGUGGCUGAGGACGGUGCACCUGAGCCCAAACCUGCCAAGACCAAGAAGGUCAAGAGCGCUGCUGUGCCUUCGGUGCCUGCUGAGGCUGAGGAGGGCGAGUGUGAUGUUCGUGGCAUCGGUAGUGCAGGGAGCAAGGCCAAGUCGAAGCGCAAGGCCACCGUCAGUGGAGCCGAGGCAGUCGCAAGCGAGGGCAAGGCUACCGCAAACGAGGUCAGUGCCCCAAGCAAGGUCGAGGACACCACAAACAAGGCCAUGCCCGCAAGCAAGGUCAAGGACGCCGCAAACAAGGUCAUGCCCACAAGCAAGAAGGACACCGCAAACAAGGCCACAAGCAAGGUCAAGGACACUGCAUGCAAGGAGGAGGUCACAAGCAAGGCCAAACAUCCCUGCAAGCUGGCCUCUCCGCAUGUUGCACUAGUAGCCACUGAGAAGCCUGCAGCUCUUGAAGACGGUGAGUCUGUCGAGCCCAGCCCCCAGCUCAAGGCUUUCUGGGACAAGUACAAAGUGUCCAAGAAAUCAGAUGCGAAAGGGGAUGCUGUGAGUGACACCGUCCCGGAUCAUGACGAGGACAUGUCACCCAGGCUUUUGCGUCUCCGUGCCACGACCGACUUGGGUGAAAGUCUACCAGUGGACAGCAAUCCACUCCCUCCGGUUGCGGUUCGUCGGGGAUGGUCCUGUGGAACUUUGCAUGUGGCUGACCAGCAGCUGAGCAAGCAACGAGGUGUUGAUACAGCUGAGACUGUGGUCAUGGAGAAUGCUUCCCAAAUUCUUGCAGGGCAGCUUGAUAUAAUAUGCAUCAUGCAUAUGCUGGGUGGGUCUGUGUCACAGACUGGCUCCUCCUCCUCCUCUGCGGUGGAAUGUGCGAAGCUUCAGAAAAUGAUCGAACAGAUGCAGCUGUACCAGGCUACAUUGGUGAAGCAGUUGCAUGCAAGCGGGCAGGAUGUGCCUGCAGAGCCCAAGGCCGAGGUCUCUGACAUGGGCCCCCCACGCGUGGAGGUUCCUGCUCCAGCUGCGCCGGAGCCCGAGGAUGAGGAUAUGGAUGGUCGGUCCAUGUGCACCGACGAUGCCGGCGGGGACGAUGCUGAAGCCUCGGGUGGCUCCGAGGGUGAGGCUACAGAGCCCCAUGAUGAGCUGGAGGAUGCACUCGAGGACGAGUUGGCUGCUCUCGAGCCCCCGCCAGUGGCUGCGAGGUCUAUGGGGAAGCCGGACAAGACGAAGAUUGUGGAGGAGGUCAAGGCCCGCCGUGCUGUCGGUGACAGCCAGCCGUCCUCGGAGCGCAUCUUUGCAACGCAGUCCGUCCCAUCCAGUCCGGCGUCGGUGCCGACAGACCCCAAAGCAACUGCAAGAGCAACGGAGCCGCCCCAGGAGGAGAUCAUCAACAGCCGCACCCACAAGCGUGAGUACAUGGUUCUGGUGCCUUUGUCUGUGAUUUUGGAUCGCCAAGAGCUCUUGAAACGCUGGGUGCAGACGGGUGGCAACGUUGCUGCCACAGAGGCCUCCAUCCAGGCAUCAAGGACCUCGCGAUCCAAAGCCAGGACAGUGAAACGACUUGUUCCGGUGAAAGACAUGACGGAGCCGCCCUACCGGUUCAGCAAGCCCCAGUGCUGA